GGCCUACUACAGUAACAACCUCUCAACAUGGGUAGCGCCAUCUUUUUCCUUCCGUAGCAUUUCUGUCCUUCUACCUGUGUUGUCCGAUUGGAAAUGCAGUGUGCAGAGCUUAAAAUGUCUUCAUAAAGUACAAUAUAGCUGCUCGCCUUAAACCAGAGUACCGACAUUCAUCAUUCACGCCAAAAAUGAAGUUAUGGAAGUCCAAAAGAAAGUUCCUGUUCCCGUCUACUGUGACAUGGAUGAGGACGGUUUUGUGCGAGAGAUAUAUCCGAUGCGAAGACCAGCUCUGCUGAGAGGGGUGUGUCUCGGACCAUGCCUGGAACGGUGGACGGUCGAGUACCUUAAACAGAUAGGCGGAAACAGAGAUGUGAAGGUUCAUGUAUCCACUCUACCACGGAUGGACUUCCUCGGGAAAAACUUUGUAUACAGGACACUUCCAUUUGCUGAAUUUGUCAAAAGGGCAGCUGAAACGAAACACUCAGACUUUUUCCUCAGUGAGGAUGAGUGGUAUUAUCUACGUACACUGGGAGAGGAUAGUCGGAAGGAUGCGGCUGACCUGGGUAAACAGUUCCCUGUCCUGGUGCAGGACUUCCACAUCCCCCAGGUCUUUCAACCCGACCAGUUCUUCUCCAGUGUUUUCCGCAUCAGCUCUCCUGGCCUGCAGCUUUGGACACACUAUGACGUGAUGGACAACUUGCUGGCCCAGGUGACAGGAAGGAAGCGAGUCGUGCUUUUUAGCCCCCAAGAUGCAUUGCAUCUCUACCUGUCAGGAGAUAAAUCACAGGUUUUGGACAUCGAUUCCCCAGACUUGGAGCGCUUCCCAGAGUUUGUGAAGGCCUGCAGAUAUGAGUGUGUGUUGGAGCCUGGAGACCUGCUCUUCAUCCCUGCCUUGUGGUUCCACAACACGCUGGCCUUGGAGUUCGGAGUCGGUGUCAACGUGUUCUGGCGCCACUUACCGGCGGAGAGCUACGACAGGAAAGACCCGUAUGGGAAUAAAGACCCGGAGCCUGCCAGGCGGGCUCUGCAGGCGGUGGAGAGGGCCCUGAGCGCCCUGGAUGAGCUGCCUCCAGACCACCGGGACUUCUACGGCCGGCGCAUGGUCCAGCGCAUCCAGCACCGAGCAUACUCAGCCCCACCUGCGAUGGAGAACACGGACCCCCAGACUGGAUGUGGGAAUGUGCCCCUCACAGAUCCAGACUGAUGCAGGACGCUAGGUUCAGGGAUAUCUGUAGCCGCAGGAGCCCUCUCCUGUAUUUAUAGUUCAGGAGUGGAAAUGUUUUCCUGCUCGACAGAAACGAUCACAGAAACUCCUGUACUGUGUUACUGCUCAUGCAGGCGUUUUACGUUGCCCAACGGUUCUUUAGAUGGUUGAGACAACCAACCCUGUACAUUAUUUUACCUGAGGAAAAAUUAUUUGAAAGCAAAUUUAAAACAAAUAUACUUAGGCAAGGACGUCUUACAGAACAGUAAAAUUCACCUACAGUAUGCGUACAGCAUGGUUGGACAUUUUAUUGCACAAAGAUUACAUUUCCUUAAGUCUCCUUACAAACAUUUGAAAGCUUUGUAAACAGUGAAGCUGCAUCUCCCCAGUGUGUGCGUGUGUCCUCAUCACUAGCAUCGGCAUUCAACUUCAGCAGCAUGUCUAAUUUACCAAGCGCAUGUUGAAAGGCCAAACAGCGACUUUCUACACGAGGCUAGAAGAAGAGAAGAUCAAUUGUUGAUGUUUGAUGACGUGGCUUAGCAGGGGCCAACCUUACAACCCGUACAUUCAACGAGAAAGUUGUCUCGUUACAUUAAUAAACUAAUGAGAA